CAAUUCAUGGUCACAAAAGCAUUAGCCACAACUUUGUGGCGCCAAAAAUGGCGAAUGCCAUUGUUUGGAUGCGUAAGACAAUACACAUUUGCUUGUAGAGAACUAGGUGUAAAUAACAUUCCAUCCUUUACGAUCAACGCGACAGCCACGGUCGUAUAUAAAGUGCACAGUCGUCUUCCAUGGAAUCAUGUACAAUGUAGGCAGUUUGCCGGUAGGCAACGUGGACUUAAACGUCGUAAAACAAAAAAAGAACCACGAAGAAUACAACAAGCAGUAGGUAGACGUCUAGAACUCUUCUACCCAAAAAAAGCCAGAAAGACACGAAUAAGGCUAAUACAAAACUCAAGAGGCAACGUAAUUUAUGAUCCAGUGCUCAAGCGCUUCUUGGUCAUGUAUUAUAAACAAGGUGUGCAGGUAUUCAGACAGUUCAGAGCAAAGGGAUCCAAAUUCGAAAUCGCAAAAUCAAGAGCUAUAGCUUUCGCCAGACAAAUGGCCGAAGAACAUCUAAGAAGAUACACAGCACGCCCUGGAGUAACGGAAAGUACUAUACCCAACCCUGUGGGAUCAAAUGUUAUCAACCUAGAGAGCAAGUUGCAACCCGAUUGCAACCUUAGUGGAGUAAGAGGUGUAUUCUUCGACGACAAAACCAGUGCAUGGGCAGUGUCGUACAAAGAUGCAGGUGUUCGCAAGUAUCGUUUAUUUCCAACACUCGACCUUGGAUUCCAAAAUUCAUAUACACAGGCAGUGGAAUUCCUAAGGUUCACCCUUUACAGGAACCAUCAGUUCCUUCAUCGUAGAACAAGAACGAGAAAGAAUAGGCCCAUACUAAAGCCAUAAUGGCACAAAAAAACGGGAAUCAUCGAAUUGCGUUAAAACACAUGGCAAAUCAAAUGAAAC